GCGGGGGCGAAGGAGGCGCCAGCUUCCAACCUGCGGGCAAUUGAAAAAGAGCCGGCUAGGACUUCCCCAAAACUUGUGGGAACUCCGGGCCGCGCGGACGGCAGGAGCGGAGCAGCAGCGGUGGUGGCAGCCCGGCGAUGCGGGAACCGACCGGACUGCGAGCACCUUUCCUUCUUCGGGUUGUAAGGGCGCGAGGCAGAGGCUCCUGGAGCGAGGCCACGCCGGAGCCGGUAGCGGCGGGACCCGGGACACGAGAGCAGCCCCGACUCACCUCUGACGGAGCGGCCGCUCCAGGUGACCAAGCUCACUCCGCUCCCCGCAGGCGACAGGCGACGCCCCCAAGCAGCUCGGCCGCUCGCUCUUCCCUCCGGGGACAAACUUUUCUCCAAGCCCUUGGACCAAACUUGUCGCGCGCGUCACCGUCGCCCAGUCGGUUCCGUGUACAGCGCUCAUCUUCGGCGAGAUGUCUGAGCGCAAAGAAGGCAGAGGCAAGGGGAAGGGCAAGAAGAAGGACCGGGGAUCCCGCGGGAAGCCCGCGCCCGGAGAGGGCAACCCGAGUCCAGCCUUGCCUCCCCGAUUGAAAGAGAUGAAAAGCCAGGAGUCAGCUGCAGGCUCCAAGCUAGUGCUUCGGUGUGAGACCAGUUCUGAAUAUCCUGAACUCAGAUUCAAAUGGUUUAAGAAUGGGAGUGAGCUGAACAAAAGAACUAAACCACAAAACAUCAAGAUUCAGAAAAAGCCAGGGAAGUCAGAACUUCGAAUUAACAAAGCCUCACUGGCUGAUUCUGGAGAGUACAUGUGCAAAGUGAUCAGCAAGUUAGGAAAUGACAGCGCCUCUGCCAACAUCACCAUUGUUGACUCAAAUGAGUUCAUCACUGGCAUGCCAGCCUCAACUGAAAGAGCAUAUGUGUCCUCAGAGUCUCCCAUUAGGAUAUCAGUAUCAACAGAAGGCGCAAAUACUUCCUCAUCCACGUCUACAUCCACGACUGGGACCAGCCAUCUUGUAAAGUGUGCUGAGAAGGAGAAAACUUUCUGUGUGAAUGGUGGUGAAUGCUUCAUGGUGAAAGAUCUGUCAAAUCCUUCAAGAUACUUGUGCAAGUGCCCAAAUGAGUUUACUGGUGAUCGUUGCCAAAACUACGUAAUGGCCAGCUUCUACAUGACUUAUAGUAGGAAAAGGCAAGAGACACUGAAGCUUCUAGAAAGAAAAUUCGAUCAUAGCCUCAUGAAAGAAAUGAGGAAGGAAGCGGAGGAGCUCUACCAGAAGAGAGUGUUGACAAUUACUGGCAUCUGUAUCGCCCUCCUGGUGGUCGGCAUCAUGUGUGUGGUGGCCUACUGCAAAACCAAGAAACAGCGGCAAAAGCUUCAUGAUCGGCUUCGGCAGAGCCUUAGAUCGGAACGGAACAACAUGGUGAACAUAGCCAAUGGGCCUCACCAUCCAAACCCACCCCCGGAGAACGUACAAUUGGUGAAUCAAUACGUAUCUAAAAAUGUCAUCUCCAGUGAGCAUAUUGUUGAGAGAGAAGUGGAAACCUCCUUUUCCACCAGUCACUACACUUCCACAGCUCAUCACUCCACCACUGUUACCCAGACUCCCAGUCACAGCUGGAGUAAUGGGCACACAGAAAGCAUCGUUUCAGAAAGCCACUCUGUAAUCAUGAUGUCGUCAGUAGAAAACAGUAGGCACAGCAGCCCAGCUGGGGGCCCACGAGGACGACUUCAUGGCCUGGGAGGCCCUCGCGAAUGUAACAGCUUCCUCAGGCAUGCCAGAGAAACCCCUGACUCGUACCGAGACUCUCCUCAUAGUGAAAGGUAUGUAUCAGCCAUGACCACCCCGGCUCGUAUGUCACCUGUAGAUUUCCACACGCCAAGCUCCCCUAAAUCGCCCCCUUCGGAAAUGUCUCCACCUGUGUCCAGCAUGACGGUGUCCAUGCCCUCCAUGGCAGUCAGCCCCUUUGUGGAAGAAGAAAGGCCUCUGCUACUUGUGACACCACCAAGGCUCCGGGAGAAGAAGUAUGAUCAUCACCCCCAGCAACUCAACUCCUUUCAUCACAAUCCUGCACAUCAGAGUACCAGCCUCCCCCCUAGCCCAUUGAGGAUAGUGGAGGAUGAGGAGUAUGAAACGACCCAGGAGUAUGAGCCAGUUCAAGAGCCUGUUAAGAAACUCACCAACAGCCGACGGGCCAAAAGAACCAAGCCCAAUGGCCACAUUGCCAAUAGGUUGGAAAUGGACAGCAACACAAGUUCUAUGAGCAGUAACUCAGAAAGUGAAACAGAAGAUGAAAGAGUAGGUGAAGAUACACCAUUCCUGGGCAUACAGAACCCCCUGGCAGCCAGCCUUGAGGCGGCCCCUGCCUUCCGUUUGGCUGAUAGCAGGACUAACCCAGUAGGCCGCUUCUCCACACAGGAAGAAUUACAGGCCAGGCUGUCUAGUGUAAUCGCUAACCAAGAUCCUAUUGCUGUAUAAAACCUAAAUAAACACAUAGAUUCACCUGUAAAACUUUAUUUUAUAUAAUAAAGUAUUUCACCUUAAAUUAAACAAUUUAUUUUAUUUUAGCAGUUCUGCAAAUAGAAAACAGGAAAAAAACUUUUAUAAAUUAAAUAUAUGUAUGUAAAAAUGUGUUAUGUGCCAUAUGUAGCAAUUUUUUACAGUAUUUCAAAAAAACAAGAAAGAUAUCAAUGGUGCCUUUAUGUUAUGUUAUGUUGAGAGCAAGUUUUAUACAGUUACAGUGAUUGCUUUUUCACAGUAUUUCAGCAAAACCUCCCAUAUAUUCAGUUUUUGCUGGCUUCUCGUGCGUUGCAUUAUGAUGUUGACUGGAUGUAUGAUUUGCAAGGCUAGCAGCUGUCCCUCUGUUUGCUUCCAGUAGCACCCAACCAGUACUGUCUUGAAAUGGCACAUCUGUCCAAAUACUCUUCUAUUUUGUAUGAAGUCUUUACUUUCCGAAUAGGAAAUGAGUUCUCUCUACUCUGUCAGCCAAAGGUUUGCUUCACUGGGCUCUGAGAUAAUAGUAGACCCAACAGCAUGCUACUAUUACAUAUAGCAGGAAACUGCAUUAAGUAAUGUUAAAUAUUAGGAAGAAAGUAAUACUGUGAUUUUUAAAAACAAACUAUAUUAUUAAUCCGAAGACAACUUGCUCUUGCUAAAAGGAGCUACCAUUGACUUUAAUUUUAACUUUUUAGUUGUUGUUUUUCUUGACAAAGAGUAACAGCUUCAAGUACAGCUUAGAAAGUAGGUUCUGGCUUGCUGUCUGGAUACAGCUAACAACUUAGAAAGGACUCAAUUUCACUUUUCUUUCUUGGGGGAGGGCAUGUUCCAGCAGCUUAUCUGUUGACCAGCCAACCACAGCUGCUAAAGGUGCAAUCCUUUCUGACGUAUUUUUUUUUUAACUGACUGGUGAAACCCUCUUCUCAGCUCCAGAAGAGGCACAUUGUAUCAUGAGGCCUCAGCCCUAAGAGUACAUUCAGCCAUCUGUCCAAACCACUUGUAAAGUACCAUGUACCUGUGGUACAUAGCAGUGACUUGGUCAUUGUAGGAAAAUGUUCCACUUGUAGAGUGUUUAGAAGGAGUGAAUGUGUAGAAGUCACAAGGGGAAAGCAGCUGUGUGACCCAGUUUACAUCUUCAAGUUUGGUUGGCCACUCCUUUCUCCCCAUUAUGUUUCUCUUAUGUUCAGCAUUGCCUUGAUUAAGUCAUAACUAUGCAUGAAUAUUUUUUGCCAGGAAUGGCCAAUGUGCAUGUGAUUUGUGAUUAGCAAGAACUUCCACAGUGAUGCCUCACUAGGGAAUGUCAAUAGUAUUGGAAAGAUUGCACCUUUUCUUGCAGAAGUGACCCUCACCUGUGGACUGAUCUCGCUCCAUAGACAGCCUGUAUCUUCCAUUUCUAUUUCUCCUCUCUUAGUAUGUUUUUCCCAUACUGUCUCAAAAGCAGGGCUAGGAUUGGUUUAAACUCUGUAUGUUGUCUUAUGAAUGUAACGCCAAUGAAUGCUUAUAGGAAAAAAAAAAGAGAAAAGUUCUAUGUGUGUGUGGGGGGGGGGAUAAUCCCUCAGAAUCUUUUAUAUUCCCUUCCUGUUAUCUGUCAAUCAGGACUGAAGCUUAUUGAAUUUUUAAGUAGACUCCUAGGAGUCAUAUAUGGGAAAACAGGAAAUGGUUGAACAGGGAAUUGACAAAGUCAAUGACCAUUAUUGAUUCUUAUUUUCAGUUGAACAGAAUCUAUUUUCUUUACCAAAUCUUUGUUACAAGUCAAGGGAAGUAAUAACACACGAGUAGGUCUUAGAAGAACAGUGUAGGCUGACCACAAGUCCUUGUGUUACACUCCUCCAUGUUUCUAAGAGAAGCUUGUCUGUUACUCUUACUAUUUGAUGUCUGUUUCACAUUUCUUGCCAUUGUUCAUGGGACAGUUUGUCUGUGUUCAGCGUGUUGUCCUCCUUUGCUUCUUAGCCCAUCCAGAGGAAUGCCUGCUGGUGAAAGCCUGCCCUGGCUUCCCAGUGGGCUGCAGAUGGUCAACUCUCCACAGGGAGGAAGAGUCAGCAAGCCUGAAGAUAUUCUCUCUCCUUAACAUUGACUUUGAAGGCCUUGACUCACCUAUUGUUCAAUAAAGAAAUCUCUUUAUUGUUAUGUUAAAACUCUUAAAAAAUUCAGUUCCCAAUUAGUUUGUCACUGGGGUAUUGAGAAAAUCCCUUCUAAGGAAAAAAGUGGAAUCUCCUGAUUAAAAAACAAUGAGCAGCAUUUUACUAUAAUGAGAAGCCCUAUAAAUUUGCAAAUUGUAAAUAUAUGUGAUCUUUUUUCUUCUGUGCUUUAUCUGGCAAUCCACACUUGUCUUAUUAGCUGAGAAAGCCUUUUCUCCAAGACAACAAACUUCCUUGGUGAGAACAGCCACUUGGCUACUUGGGGCUACCUGCUGUAGCCCCUACAUUUAUGUUUCUAGGGAGUCUCUACAAUGCUUCACUGCCAGGUCUCUCUCAACUAUCCUCUUUAUGUAUCCAGGCAGAGCUGUAACAAUGCAAAGAAAUGCACACCUAUGUUCCUGGCAUGUGUGAAGAUGCCUUGCAUUUUAAGGAAGUUCAAACUACUCAGAAUUUAACAACAACUUUGUUUCUUGGGUCUGAAAUCAAAACUACUGAGAGUUAUAUAGGGGGGUAUAGUAGACACCAAACUCCUUUUGUACUUACUCAAGAUUGGUUUUCUGUCCUGCUUUUUGCGCCUUUUCUCUUCCUACCCUCAAGAGUGCCUGGUGGACAGCCUUCUGCUUUCUACAAAAUGGUCCUCUGUGUAAGAGAGAAUGUAUCUCAAAGAGCAAUAUGCCAUCUCUUUCUUGUUUCUGUGUGAUUGUCAAUGUAGGUGGAGUCUAUCCAGGGUAACUUUCUCUGUGUCUAUUCCUCUUUUGGCCUGAGGUUGAAGGUAUAUGGCUCCUAUCAGUGAAUAAGGAAAAAUCUAACCUUCCCUUUUAGUCCUGGCUGCCUUCCAGCAGCUGCAGGGAUUUCUAUCCACUAAGUUCCAUGACAUACUAUGAAGAAAUGCAGACAAAAUGAAAUGGCCACAAAUCACAAUUUCUAUUAUAUAUUCUUUUGUAAAUACAUAUUGUAUAGUACUUGGAUGUUUCCUUAAGUCAUUUACUGUCUUUAUGAGUUAAUGUUAGGUUUUACUCUCAUGGUGUAUAACAUUGUAAAUAACAUAAUGUCCUUUAUUAUUUAUAUUUAAGCAUCUAACAUAGAGAAUUGUUUUCAUAUAAGUUUAAGAUAAAUGUUUAAAAUAUAUGUUUUUUCUUUGCUUUGAAAUUAUGUAACUUUUCUUUUUUUCAUCUUCUUAAAAAAUAAUUUAUUGUUCAGGAGAAAGAAUAUAUAUGUAAUUGAAACUAUUUGAAGAAUGCACAUUUGAAGGCCAUGAGGUACUGAUAAACUAAAGAAUUUAUUAUCUCAAAUACUAAGCAAUAAGUAAUUGUGAUUUAUUUAAAGUUUUGUUCAUUUCCCAUGAAAGUCAUAAUGCAAUAAAAAUGCUACUCUGUGGAGACAUUAGCGUGUUGCUCAGCAGACUAACAUGCAGUCUGCUAGAGCAGGACUUUUCAUCUAGCCAUGACAGCUGUGCUAUCCAGGAUGUGCUUCAUGGACCCAGUGAUCAUCUUGUCUCUGUUGAUUGUGCUGCAUUGCCCGUCCUUGAGUCACCUCCCUCCUAACUCUAACACUUCAUUGCUUGCUGUAGGAGACACCCAAUCAAGCAAUAGAAUGGUCCAUUCCAUAGCCAUCAAACCUCCAUUCACAAAGACAUCAGAGGGAAGGAAACAUUGCAUAACUUUCUGGAUACUGCUUGUCAAUAUGUUUUGCAAUGACAUCAAGAAAUUUAUUUUGAUUAAUGGCAAUGACUUAUGUGCCAAUCCUAUGCAAACAUAAGAGAGAGCAAAAACUAUCAUGGUUCAAUGGCCACAGUAGCCUCAAAAACAUCUAUGCUAAACUUCCCUGUUAUGUCUUUAUAUUUGCUUCCCAUCAUGUACACCAUUUUAUAAGAAGGGUAAGGAGCAAUGACUUUAUUAUUCUCCUCAUUCUAUCAAUAAAACAAACUGAUGCCCAAAGUACUGCUCAGGGAGGGGCCUAUGCAUGAAAUAUUCCUCACAUUCUAAGACUCAUCAUAGAAUGGAUAUAAUGCUUUUUUAUUAAGAUAACCUUAUGAAGCCAUAUUUUAAAAAAUAGAUAUUUUGUGUGUAAUUUUUAUAUAUUUCAACCAUUCUACUCAUUAUCUCAGAUAGAUAUAGGGCAUUUAAAUGAUGUGUAAUAAGUCGGCCUGCUUUGGAGUUAGAGCAUAACCUGAGAUUUCCCAUCAAAGUUUACCUCCAUGUGUAGACCCAAUUCCUGUUAACUCAUAACAGCACUGCUAACAUCUUUCCAAAGCAGUCUAGAUGUCCAGGAAACUUAAUGUUCUGAAUCCACAAAGUGAAUACACUUGUUCACUAGUCAUUCAGCUGCAAGCCAAACAUAUCAGAAGACAUAAGAAUAUUUAAAAGUUAGAGUCUGGGACCCUUUCCUUAGUUUAUGUUAUAAAUUUUCCAACCCCAUGCUCAAACUAAAAACUGUAAGUGAUAAUAUCAGUAACUUAAGAUGGAUGUUAAACGAAGUGGCCAUAUCAUUUCAGGCAGAAGAGUAUGAGAAGGCAGGUAGUGUAGAAAAAUGAAAAUUUUAUUUUACUCAAAUUAGAGUCCAGAUAAUUACUAUUAUUCUCCAGUUGUGUUUAAUUAUUGAGUGACAAAUCUAGCCUUGUUCUGCAAACUAGAGAGACAUGUGUUUUGCCAGGCAGUCUGAAGAAAUUUCUCUUCUCUGCUCCAAUGACAAGUCAUCAAAGGACUUAAUGUCAAGGAUUUGGGAAUAAGUCAAGCUGGGCUGAAAUCUAAACACUUAAGGUACGAGAAGGAGUGAGGGUCUCAGUCUCUCUC